UGCCUUUGCUUCCCCGGGCAAGGGGCCUGGGAGCCAGGGUGGCAGGCCAACCAAGCACUCGGCACCCUUCUCAGGGCCAUCAGGGCCCCCACGUGAUAAAAGACACAGCCUCUGCAAGUGUAGCCAUUGCUCUUGGCUGGCUGGCUGAUGGGCUGCCUGAAAUGACCAGGAGACUCCAUCGUCUCUUUUGAAGAUGGGGAACUCUUACGCUGGACAGCUGAAGACGACGCGCUUUGAAGAGGUUUUGCACAACUCCAUUGAGGCCUCCCUGCGGUCCAACAGCCUGGUGCCCAGGCCCAUCUUCUCCCAGCUGUACCUGGAAGCUGAGCGGCACCUCUCCGCUUUAGAAGGCGGCAGCCGAGUGGACAAUGAGGAAGAAGAAGAAGAGGGGGAAGGGGGGCUGGAGCCGAACUGUCCCCCAAACCCCUACCAGAUGCUCCCUCCACCUGAAGGAUGCUGCACCACGGACGGGUUCUGCCAGGCGGGGAAGGACCUGCGUCUUGCCUCCAUCUCCAAUGAGCCCAUCGAAGUCCCUGCAGGUUUCCUCCUCGUGGGUGCCAAGUCCCCCAGCCUGCCCGACCAUCUCCUGGUGUGCGCCGUCGACAAAAGGUUCUUGCCGGACGAUAGCGGGCACAACGCUCUUCUUGGUUUCUCUGGGAAUUGUGUUGGCUGUGGAAAGAAAGGCUUCUGUUACUUCACGGAAUUCUCCAAUCACAUAAAUCUUAAGUUGACCACUCAGCCCAAGAAGCAGAAACACUUGAAGUAUUACCUGGUCCGCAGUGCACAAGGGGCUCUAACCAAAGGACCUCUCAUUUGUUGGAAAGGUUCAGAGUUCAGAGGCCGGCAGACCCCCGCCGGCUCCUGCUCCGGGUCUCUCUUCCCGCCGCUGGACAGCUCCGGGCCUCUGGCUGCCUGCUCCAGCGAGCCCACUCCUGGCACGAACCCGAGCAUCCCCAUGGGAGCACAGCAGGCAGGACCAGCUUCUGACCACCCCUCACUAACUGCAGCAGCAACGGGCCCCGCUGUUUUCAACGGCAAAGAUUCCCCGAAGCACCAACAGCUGGUGAAGAGCAAGCUGUCGGCCGUGCCACGGCCCUCGGCACUAGGUAUCUUAACAAACUCCGGGCCCCCCAAAAAGCGCCACAAAGGGUGGUCUCCAGAAUCUCCAUCGGCUACAGAUGGUAGCUACUCCCAAGGUGGUGGGAACAGAGCUAAGUAUGAGAGCGCAAGCAUGUCCUACAUGCCCCAGGUUGGCUUGGUGGGACCAGCUUCAGUCACCUUUCCCGUUGUGGCCUCCGGAGAACCAGUGUCCGUUCCCGACAACUUGCUGAAAAUAUGCAAGGCCAAGCCAGUGAUAUUUAAAGGCCACGGGAACUUCCCUUACCUCUGUGGGAACCUGAAUGAUGUGGUCGUGAGCCCGCUCCUGUACACCUGCUACCAGAACUCCCAGUCCAUCUCUCGAGCAUAUGAACAAUACGGGGCGUCCACAAUACAGCCCAUCUCGGAGGAGACGCAGCUCUUGCUGACCGUCUACUAUCUUGUCCAGCUGGCGGCGGACCAGGUGCCCCUGAUGGAGGACCUGGAGCAGAUCUUCCUGCGCUCCUGGCGCGAGUCGCACCUGACGGAGAUCCGGCAGUACCAGCAGGCGCCUCCGCAGCCUUUCCCGCCGGCGCCCAGCGCGGUGGCGCCCGUCACCUCCGCGCAGCUGCCCUGGCUGGCCGGCCUGGCUGCCAGCUCCUGCAAUGACAGCGUGCACAUCAUCGAGUGCACCUACUCCCUGGCCGAGGGCCUCUCCGAGAUGUUCCGACUGCUCAUCGAGGGCAAGCUGGCCAAGACCAACUACGUGGUGAUCAUCUGCGCCUGCCGGAACGCCGCCAUCGACUCCUGCAUCGCUGUCACUGGAAAAUACCAAGCCCGGAUUCUUUCUGAGAGCCUUCUCACACCAGCGGAAUACCAGAAAGAAGUCAAUUAUGAGCUGGUUACGGGGAAAGUGGACUCCUUGGGAGCCUUUUUUAGCACCCUCUGUCCAGAGGGCGACAUUGACAUUUUGCUGGACAAAUUUCAUCAGGAAAAUCAAGGCCACAUUUCUUCCUCACUUACUGCCUCCUCUGUCACCAAAUCAGCGUCCCUGGAUGUGGGCGGGGCCCCGACAUGCACGAGUUACACUCUGGAGCCUCACCACAUCCGGCCCUUCCAGCUGGCCGUGGCCCAGAAGCUCCUCUCCCACGUGUGCUCAAUCGCGGAUUCCAGUACCCAGAAUCUGGACUUAGGAUCCUUCGAGAAGGUGGACUUUCUGAUUUGUAUUCCACCCUCAGAAGUGACUUACCAGCAGACUCUGUUCCAUGUCUGGCACUCAGGUGUCUUACUGGAGCUUGGCUUGGAAAAGGAGCACAUGACCAAGCAGAGGGUGGAACAGUAUGUUCUGAAGCUGGAUGCGGAGGCACAGACAAAAUUUAAGUCCUUUCUGCAAAACUCCUUUCAGAAUCCACAUACCCUCUUCGUCCUAAUCCAUGACCACGCCCACUGGGAUCUUGUGAGUAGUACUGUUCAUAAUCUCUAUUCCCAAAGUGACCCAUCUGUGGGACUGGUGGACAGACUGCUCAACUGCAGGGAGGUGAAGGAGGCCCCGAACAUCGUGACACUGCACGUGACUUCCUUCCCGUAUGCGCUGCAGACGCAACACACCCUCAUCAGCCCGUACAACGAGAUCCACUGGCCUGCCUCCUACAAUAAUGGAGCGGACUUAUAUCCUGAGAACAAGAAAUACUUUGGGCUGUCAGAGUUCAUCGAGUCCACUCUGUCGGGACACAGCCUCCCAUUGUUAAGAUACGACAGCUCCUUUGAAGCCAUGGUCACCGCCCUGGGAAAAAGGUUCCCCCGCCUGCACAGCGCGGUGAUCAGGACGUUUGUUCUCGUGCAGCACUACGCAGCCGCUAUGAUGGCCGUGCGCGGCCUCUCGCAGAUGAAGAACCACACGUCGGUGGAGACGCUGGAGAUCACCCAGAACCUCAUCAACUCCCCGAAGCAGUGCCCCUGUGGCCACGGGCUCAUGGUCCUGCUGCGGGUGCCCUGCUCGCCGCUGGCGGCCGUGGCCUACGAGCGGCUGGCCCACGUGCGAGCGCGGCUGGCGCUGGAGCAGCACUUUGAGAUCAUUCUGAGCAACCCCAGCUCGGGCAUCACCGUCGGGAAGCACUUCGUGAAGCAGCUCAAGAUGUGGCAGAAAAUUGAGGAUGCAGAGUGGAGACCUCAGACUUACCUGGAGUUGGAGGGCCUGCCUUGCAUCCUAAUCUUCAGUGGGAUGGACCCGCAUGGGGAAUCUUUACCAAGGUCUUUGAGGUACUGUGACCUGCGGCUGAUCAACUCUUCCUGCUUGGUGAGAACAGCGUUGGAGCAGGAGCUGGGCCUGGCUGCUUACUUUGUGAACAACCAGAUUCCCCUGGAGAAAGGGGUCUGCGGCGAGGCCUUGGAGAGCGACACAGAGAAGCUGAGCAGCACGGACAGCGAGGAUGAGGAGCUGGCAACGGAAGGUUCCACGUCGGAGAAGAGGAGCCCCGUGAAGAGGGAAAGGCCCUGCUCCCACGACUCAACAUCCUCACCCCUCUCCUCUAAGGCGUCCAGCUCUGCGCUCUGUGGUGAGUCCUCUGCUCAGCCUGGGGGGCCCUCGCAGGGGGAGCAGGCCAGAACCCCACAGCCCUGCAGCCCUUCAGAGGAGGGCAGGGUCCCUGGUGACAAACAGAGGCUCCGAGCGAGCCAGGGUCCAGCAGUCAUCAACAGGCACAGCCCCGGGCUGGCCCCCCAGCCUGACUCCGGCCUCAGGACCAGCCAGAAGAGCGUCCAGGUGUCGGUCACCUCGUCGUCCUCCCAGCUCUCCUCCUCUGGCUCGUCUUCCUCGUCCGCUGUGCCCGCUGCUGGCACGCUCGUCCUGCAGGCCUCCCACUGCUCCAUGACCAAAGCCUGCCAGCAGCCACCCGUUGUCUUCCUGCCCAAGCUGGUGUAUGACGUGGUCACUUCCACCGACAGCAGCGGCCUGCCCAAGGCCGCCUCACUCCUGCCCUCCCACUCGGUCAUGUGGGCCAGCUCCUUCCGGCCCCUGCUCAGCAAGACCAUGACGUCCACAGAGCAGUCCCUGUACUACCGGCAGUGGACAGUGCCCCGGCCCAGCCACAUGGAUUACGGCAACCGUGCCGAAGGCCGAGUGCACAGCUUCCACCCGCGCAGACUGCUGCUCAGUGGGCCCCCUCAGAUCGGGAAGACGGGCGCCUACCUGCAGUUCCUCAGUAUUUUAUCCAGAAUGCUCAUUCGGCUGACAGAAGUGGAUGUUUACGAUGAGGAAGAGAUCAAUAUCAACCUCAGAGAAGAAUCAGAGUGGCACUACCUCCAGCUCAGUGACCCCUGGCCGGACCUGGAGCUCUUCAAGACGUUGCCUUUUGACUACAUUAUUCACGACCCCAAGUAUGAGGAUGCCAGCCUGAUUUGUUCACACCAUCAGGCUGUAAAGAGUGAAGACAGAGGGACCUCCCGGAAGCCGGACGACCUGUACCUGCGGCGUCAGACGGCGCGGAUGCGGCUGUCCAAGUACGCGGCGUACAACACGUACCACCACUGUGAGCAGUGCCACCAGUACAUGGGCUUCCACCCGCGCUACCAGCUCUAUGAGUCCACCCUGCACGCCUUUGCCUUCUCUUACUCCAUGCUAGGAGAGGAAAUCCAGCUCCAUUUCAUCAUCCCCAAGUCCAAGGAGCAUCACUUUGUCUUCAGCCAACCUGGAGGCCAGCUGGAGAGCAUGCGGCUGCCCCUCGUCACAGACAAGAGUCAUGAAUAUAUAAAAAGUCCGACAUUCACCCCAACAACUGGCCGUCACGAACACGGACUCUUUAACCUGUACCAUGCGAUGGACGGUGCCAGCCAUUUGCAUGUGCUGGUCGUCAAGGAGUACGAGAUGGCUAUUUAUAAGAAAUACUGGCCCAACCACAUCAUGCUGGUGCUGCCAAGCAUCUUCAACAGCGCCGGAGUCGGUGCCGCGCACUUCCUGAUCAAGGAGCUGUCUUACCACAACCUGGAGCUGGAGCGGAGCCGGCAGGAGGAGCUCGGCAUCAAGCCGCAGGACAUCUGGCCUUUCAUCGUGAUCUCUGAUGACUCCUGUGUGAUGUGGAACGUGGUGGACAUCGACUGUGGCGGGGAAAGGAGCAGAGAAUUUUCCUGGUCAGAAAGGAACGUCUCUUUGAAGUACAUCAUGCAGCACAUCGAGGCAUCCCCUAAUAUCACCCACUAUGCCCUGAUCGGCAUGCGGAAGUGGUCCAGCAAGACCGGGAGUGGUGAGGUGCGCGAGCCCUUCUCCCGCUGCCACGUGCACGACUUCAUCGUCCUGAAUGUGGACCUGACCCAGAAUGUGCAGUACAACCAGAACCGGUUCCUGUGUGACGAUGUGGAUUUCAACCUGCGGGUGCAGAGCGCUGGCCUCUUGCUCUGCCGCUUCAACCGCUUCAGCGUGAUGAAGAAGCAGAUUGCUGUGGGCGGGCACCGGUCCUUCCACAUCACGUCCAAGGUGUCUGACAGCCCGGUGACCAUCGUGCCAGCCCAGUACAUCUGCGCCCCGGACAGCAAGCACACGUUCCUCGCGGCCCCCGCACAGCUCCUGCUGGAGAAGUUUCUCCAGCACCACAGCCACCACUUCUUCCCGCUCUCCCUGAAGAAUCACGGCCACCCUGUUCUGUUGGUCGACUGCUACCUUAACCUGGGAUCCCAGAUUUCUGUGUGUUAUGUGAGCUCCAGACCCCACUCUUUAAACAUCAGCUGCUCUGACUUCAUGUUUAGUGGACUCCUGCUCUACCUCUGUGACUCUUUCGUGGGAGCUAGCUUUUUGAAAAAGUUUCAUUUUCUGAAAGGUGCGACCUUGUGUGUGAUCUGUCAGGACCGGAACUCCCUCCGCCAGACGGUUGUCCGCCUGGAGCUGGAAGAUGAGUGGCAGUUCCGAUUGCGCGAUGAAUUCCAGACCGCCAAUGCCAAGGAAGACCGACCACUCUUUUUCCUGACUGGACGGCACAUCUGAGGGAGAUAGCAGCAGGCUUUGGGGAAGAGGGGAGCCUUCAGAACCUCAUGCUGUUGAGGCGAAAGGAAAAAUUAGAACCAUGGGGUGUUUGAACCGUGAGGCCCCAGAGACUGUCUGUUGUGCAACCCCCUCGUGUGUACCAGGGCACUAAGGCCCAGAGAUGGAUUGAGACUAACCGAGAGUGAUGAGGAUGAAUGGCUGGUGGGCAGGAACUUGAAACCAGGCCUCCCGAGCUGUGGGCCAUCUCAUAUUGCUCUGGGCUAUCUCAAACUCCAUUUGAUAAAGAACAAAGGUUUGCCUACUGUCAUGUCAUCCAUAUGCUUCCAUGGACAAACUUGACUUUUCUCUUAAUUCUAAAGGAUCAUUCUUGGAUUAUCUUGUAGAGGUACCAGUAUUUCAGAAAAUGGGUAUGAUUUGAGCUGUGUAGGUUUCCCUGUUACUGACUACAAAGCAAUAUUCCAAAAGAAGAGUUUAACUGGAAAGGCUGGAGACAAGAAAAAACUAAGUGGGUCAUUGAAUGAGAAUUAAUGUAAUUGCCUACAAGUUUGCUUUUUAAAAAGCUAGGCCAAAGGUGUCAACUUUAAUAAAGUAAAACAAAUUGUUUUAGUUCAGAGCAAAUACAAUUCUAUUAAAAUAGUAUAGGGUAAAUACCCUACCUCUUAGAAAGGGCAAACAUGAAAAGAAACUUUCUUUAAAGCUAAAAGGGUUUCAGGAAGGAAAUUCAGAAUACAGAGGUUGACCUUGAGAAACAGAAGUUGCCUUACAAAGGAAAGAGAAUCAAACGACUUACUUGAAACAAACAAACAAUAAAAACAACCCA